AUGGUCGGCAGCGGCGUAGUGGCGUGGUGUCCCGGGGCGGCGCUGCUGAUGGCGGCUGGCGGGUGGCUGGGUGCAGCAGUCGGCGACGACAAAGUUGCUGGCGUGGUGGCUCGGGCCUCGGGGCGGUGCGGGUGGCGGGCGGCGCAGGUGGCUGCCGGCUCCGCAGCCGGUGGCGCGGCUUCCGGCUCCGCGCGGGGCGGCGCUGGUGCCUGGACGCAGUGA